AUGAGUCAAUGCACAGACGGCUUCUUGUCUCACGAAAGUGACUGAGUCUGUGAUAUUCUUCAUUACGUGUACAAUUAAUUGCCAUGAGUACAAGCCUUAUCCACCGUUUUACCUCCUGCACCGCUCGAAAAACAAUAUUGAAUAUAGUAAAUAUUUGAUAAGAAUGGACCGUGAUAGGAUUCUAACUCUAUCUCGACUGGAAUCUACCUGUAAACCUUAAACCCAGCCAGCACCCAUGAUCGAUCUGUUUGGAGAUAUCGACAGCUAGCAUCACUCCAAUGCCAUACUCAGAAACGGUAGGCGUCUCACCAAAGCCGAACAUUGGUUCAGCUGAUGCUGACGACGUCUGUGUUGGUAGAUGUGACAGCAACAAUCAUGGAAGUAUGUGAAUGAAUAUUCAAGUUAUAUGAGAGGAUUCAUUGGACGGAAAGUGUAGGACAGGAUGUAUGAUACUGUUAACUCUGUAUACCUAGCCUAUAACAUGUGUUUAUCACGUACGGACUAGCUAUACACCUACAUUACUGUCAGUGUAUGUACGCUCGUUAUCAGAUGGGUUUAUCACAUGACCUUAAGUGUCAUUCUCUCAUUAUAGUCCCGUGGUACAUAUAUUGAUAAGUGAGAUUAAACUAUAAUUCAUUUGUACAUGCCCUAGUUGUUGACCGACCUAUCAGAUUGAUAAUUUUUUUAAGAGUGGUAUUACUAUUUUAACCGUUAAUCGUUUUCUAAAAUUUUCAAAAGUGUGACAUUGAAAUUUUUAUCAGCGUUAUACAACGACAAUAUCAGUGGUCAUUCGUAGCGGGCUGAUCACCAUGUGAAGUAGGGUCAGAGGACUAAAUCGAAAGGACAAAGAAUUGGUGUCUGUUCACGUUAUACAAUGGAUAUCGACCUGGAUGAGAAAACUCCGACAAGAUGUCGUUCCAAAAAAUAUAUGUUUUACAAAGCCAGGAGAAAGAGAAAGUGGCAAGUUUUGGGGUUGUUGUUGAUGGCCUAUGUCGGUUUUCUGGCUUUAGCUUUGGUCCGGAAAGCCGUUUAUUAUGGCGAGUCCAGCAUGCCGAGUCAAUUAUCGGAACCCGAAAGAUACAAAAGGGAUUUAACAGAAGAAAAUGGAUCUAUACAGACAGCAGAUGAUGAGAACAAGACGGAUAGUUGUAUCCCGCGAUCCGUGGAGGAGUUCCCUGGCAACUUUAUGUCACUGGAGGACACACAGGACGGUGGCUUCCUCAUACAUAUCCUCUUUGUCGUGUACAUAUUCGGGGCCAUAGCUAUCGUCUGUGACGACUACUUUGUGGCGUCGUUAGAAAUUAUAUGUGAUGAAUUACAAUUGAGUGAAGAUGUCGCCGGAGCAACAUUUAUGGCGGCUGGCAGCUCUGCGCCCGAGCUGUGUACGUCGCUUAUAGGUGUGUUUAUUGCUGAGAGUGACGUCGGGGUAGGCACAAUUGUUGGAUCAGCAGUCUUUAAUAUUCUAUUUAUUAUCGGAGUGUGUGCUAUAUUUGCUGGAAUGGUAGUGGAACUAACUUGGUGGCCGAUGUUCCGAGACUGUCUCUUCUAUCUUUUCUCCGUUAUUGCAUUGGUAGUUGUUAUCCAUGACAACCGUGUACACUGGUACGAGGGGCUUAUUCUCUUCCUGAUGUACCUGGUCUACAUUCUCGUGAUGUACUUCAACAAAACUAUUCAUGCAUUCGCUGAAAGAAUUCGGGCAGAUUUCAAAUCAGGGAAUCUAACUUACGAUGCCGACAACAACCGACAAGGACUUCUGGAAGCACAAAAAGUAUUGGAUUCAGAAAAAUCAACCGGAAAUGACGAAAAGGCCAGAAAUCAAACGGAUGCUGAAACAACGUUCACAAAUUCAAACACAGAGUCGAGUCAAACAGUAGCAGAGGAAGACAAAUAUGAAUCGCCGUGGGUGAUACCAGAUACAUUGGUCGCACGCUCGUUCUGGAUUGCUAUGCUUCCAAUGAAGGUGCUCUUCUACGUAACUGUGCCCGACUGUCGGAAACCGUGGGGUCAUUGGCGUAAACUUUACCCUUUGACCUUCAUGAUGUCGAUUGUCUGGCUGGUGGGACUAUCCUACGUCAUGGUGUGGAUGGUUGCUAUAGCAGGAGACGCCCUAGAAAUCCCUGACACGGUCAUGGGUCUAACUCUGCUUGCGGCCGGAACCAGCGUGCCUGACUGUCUCGCUAGUCUUUUUGUGGCUAGAGACGGUUAUGGUGACAUGGCCAUAUCAAACUCUAUAGGGAGUAACGUGUUUGACGUCCUGGUCUGUCUCGGUAUACCCUGGCUCAUACGCUCUGCGGCUAUCGACGAUGGCGAACCCAUCAUGAUCACUAGCGAUGGUCUCACAUAUUCCGCACUCACCCUCCUUUCCACCGUCUUCUUUAUAGGCAUCGCCGUCAUCCUUGCUAAGUGGAAGCUGGGACGAACAUUCGGGGUUGUAUGUCUCAUAGCGUAUGUGGUGGUGAUCGCCCUGUCUUGUCUGUACGAACUGAAUGUGUUUGGAACCUUCAACUCGCCGACAUGUCCAAGGACAUGAUGUCUGUCGUGACGUAGUGGUCUGCAAGUGCACGUGACAUGUGUGCGUACCACGUGACAUGUGUGCGUACCUCUGUGUGCUUGUAUUUAGAUAACGUCUGACAAUAAAACCUUAUCAAAUUUGCCAAAAUAUGGAUACAGUUACUCUAUUUAUUUAUAAGUGAGAAGCACACUUCUUCAAAUUGAAAAAACGUGAUGCAGUAACUGUACACAUGCAUAUUAUAAAGCCGUUAUAGUAUGUCAGACGGAUAAACCUGAGUAAGUUUAUACAGAAUGCAUCGUUAUGUACAAAGCUGUUUUAAUUGACCGCAUAGAGAGACAUCCUCAUCAGUAGUACAUUGUGUGAAUCUGUUUAUGUUGAUGUCAUGUUGAAGUCGGUAUGUUAAUGUUUAAAUCUGUUGUUGAUCUUGAAAUAUGUAUGUUGAUGAUGAAGUCGGUAUGUUGAUAUUUAAAUCUGUUGUUGAUGUUGAAAUCUAUAAGUUGAUGCUGAAAUAUGUAUGUUGAUGUUUAAAUCUGUUGUUGAUCUUGAAAUCUGUUUGUUGAUACAUUUAGUCGUAAUUUAUGUAUACUUUAUGAUUAUAUUCGUCAGUAAAACUUGUUUCAAAUCGAAAGUGAAAUAUUUAACAUGUUGUCAUCGGUAUUGUAUGAAAUAAAGCCUUGUUAAAUCGGCAGUAAGCUGAUAUCAUUAGGUAAAGCCGUAUGUUAUAAAGGACGGUCAGACCUGGUUAACCGAGCAUUAAGGAAGUAGAAGGUCAUCACACUUAUAUACAGGGAAACCUAGUUAAAUCGAUACAAAUGCUGAUAACGAUAUCAGUUCACCUAUAACUAGUGCACUUGUCUUUGUUCCAGACUUUGGAUGAGCAGAUGAGCAGGAAGACGUUGGUUGAAGAUAACAUAGUAUAUGGGUCGGUAACACGCUCGGAGCGUUUUCAUUCGUCAAAAUACAGGUCACGACGUUUAUAUGAACGUGACCACACAAAGCUUGCAACGUCACAAGCAAAAGCUUUAUAAUAACAUCAAUUCAUUAUGCCGUUACGACUCAUUGUGAGUUUUGUCUUGUACUUGUGUUAAAAAGCAAGUACUCCAGUGUAUUAUUGGAAGAUGGGGGCGUGUGUACGGAACAGACUUUUCGGAUAUAAUAUAAACAUUGUGUGAGAAUGGGGUCACAUAAGGUUUGUUAUGUUUGUUAGAGUCUCAUUCGUGAAUUAUCAAUUUCAAAUAACACUCAGUUAAAUUAACUAAUGCGACAUUGAUAAUGAUGAUAACUAAACAACCUCAUGAAACACGUAUGUUAUGAUUGUAUGGAAUAUGUUAACCUGUAACCGUUUAAUUUAUCUAGUGUUGCAAAAAAAAAGAUAAAAAAAUAUCUUUUUUUUCUCUCCAUAUUUUUGGGCUAAGUUGGUCGGUGGUAUUGCAUAAUUGCUGUGUGUUCAAUGAAGAGUUGCAUUUUCGAAGUUACUGUCUUACACUAGAUUCACCAAUAGAACUACGAAGUAACGACUCACCAGUUCAUAAAUUCAGCAGGUCAAUGUACAAUACCAGAGUUUUUUUUUAAAUGCACCGUAGGACUAUUCGUCCACUUAGCACUAAAGGCAAAGAAUAAAGAUGUUUUCUGAACCUGUGUUUAUAUAUAAAUACAGCAAAGGGAAAGGUGCCCGUAAGCUAUAAACCCCUUUAUAACGUUACAAAUUAACAAUUUGGCUGCAACAGAAUAAUUAUUUUUGCGCUAUCAUUUCGUAUAGAAACCGUACCAGAACCAAUCCCAGCUGAGGUUAGGGCCGACGUUUGGGACAAAAGUCAACCAGCAGAGUCAAUAACCUUUUUACUGCAAAUAAGCAGAGAGUAAGAUGUAGAACAAAAAUAAGGAUAUUUACUUACUUAUUUGACAUUGUGUUUGCUUCUAUAAAUAUCCAUGUACAUGUACUUCACCAUGUGAUAGGUGUAUAAUGAGCCCAAAGUUCAUGUGGGUGACCGACUCUUGAUGAUGAUGAGGACGUGUGUGUAAAUGUUUAAGAAAAUCUCAAAUAUAGGCUUUAUCGGUUUUUACAUUAAUGGAUGACGCUGUUCGCUACACUGAUACUUACAACAAGUCAGGAAACAAGUCCACACUACAAUGACAUCACACCAGCCUGAUGCACUAUAUCAGUUCAAGGGUCAGGAACUAAACCUAAAAGACAAUCACAAUUAUCUGAUGGUGCAUAUACCCUGUUUAUCCUGUUUAUAUUCAUUUUUGUCUAUUUUUCUGAUAUUAUUUCUGGAUUAGAUUGGUUAUAAAAUAAACGAAAGUUUCCUUGUCAUUAUCAUUGUCGUCGUCUCCUGGUCCUUUUUAUUUCCUCACUUAUCAACAUGUUUAUUAAAUAUAAGGUAUAAUUGACGCGGAAUUGUGUCAAAGGGGCGGUGUAUUUAGGAGAGAAACUUGUCGCGCGGAUGAUUAGAACUCGUAUUAGAAAUGUUUAGAAAUAAACACGUAUGAACAGAGAAAUGUGAUAGUGAUGUGUUAUAAAUAUUCAUGUAAAUAUACCUCAUGUUUUAAUUUAAUUUCCCAUUCGUUAUAUGAUGCUUAUAUAGUAAUGAGCACCGAUGCAUUAAAUACUGAUAUUAAAAUU